AUGAGCAGCAUGAACGACUACUUCCGCUCGUCCAAGUCGUCGACGCCGCCGAACAGCGCGGGGAAGACGGUCACGCACGGGCCGGUGCCGCCCGCGCCGAAGAAGAAAGCGCCGACGCGAUCGAGGGUGGGAGAUCCGGAGUUGGACGCGACGAAGCGGAGACUGGAUUUCAUCGACGACGACGACGACGACGACGCGGCGGAACGCGAGGGGAACGAAACGCGCGCCGUCGCGGACGCGCCGACGACGAAACGCUGA